UGCUAUUUUAUUAUUGCUAGUGUUUCAAAAUCUAUUAGUUCAAAAUGGUUUAAUAAUGCCCAGCGUGGUCAUUUAUAUAUAUUUUUUUGUUUGAGUAAGACAAACAUUGUGAGUUGUACAAUAGUAUAACUUUUGAGUGACAGCUGCGACGCGGCCACUGCGAGAGAUGGAAACAAGUGCUGGCGCCGGCAGCAUGUCGGCGGCGCGUGUGAAGAAGGAUCCCGAGACGGACCAGUCGGAAAUGCUCAACAUUAAGAAGGAAAGAGAUGUCGAUGAUGCAGAGUGUGCGACACAGGCAGUGCAGGUGAAGGAGGAGCCUUGGUGCCACUUGUACGCCGACCAUGUGGUUAAAGAAGAGCUCGUGUUGGGGCCGGAAUCCAUGCAGCAGCAGCACAUUGUCAAAGCAAUACCCAGCACACGGUCUGGCGCCUCAGCGCCGAAGCGCCCCAGCGGCCGGGCGCAGCACCCGUUGAAAGACUGCUUCGUACGCCUCGACCGUCUUCCACAACACGAGGGACUUCUUCAGCGGACCACCGAAUGCAAACCACGAACAUAUAGUAAAAGAAAGUCAGACAUAUCUAAUGUAUGUUCUGAUAAUGGUAAAAUGCUUAAAUGUGAUGUUUGCAGUGAAACUUUCACUCUAAAGAGUAACUUAAUGAAACAUCUCUUGGUACAUAUUCUAAGCCUGGAUGAGGAAACACAGCAGAGGACUCUUAACCAAGAUGAAUCGAACUUCGCGAGAUUCAACAGAAACGUCAUCGUUAUCAAAAACCUUGCAUGUCCCGUUUCAACACACCGUGAGGCCAACACCGUACCAUCCAAAGCUAAACGCAGAACUUUACAACAUAACAUUACCAUAGACACCUUUCCACAUAACUCAACGACAAAUUCCUACGUUUGCGACACUUGUGGAAAAAUGAUUCUACAAAAACAUUGUUUAAUUGACCAUUUUAAAGUGCAUUUACGCGGAAAGCAACUGUCAAAUUACACACACAAAAUGCCGUCCCAGAGACCUAAGCAAUCGAGUACUUUGAAGCUUAAAGGAGCAAAACUAGAAACCUGCGAAACGUGUAAAAAAGUGUUUAGUAAACCGAAUAAAUUAAAACGACAUCAACUUAUUCACACUGGUGAAAAACCACAUUUUUGCCAAAUAUGUCAAAAGAAGUUUAUGACUAAAAAUAAUUUAGACAUACAUAAGCGGACCCAUACUGGAGAACGGCCUCAUUCCUGCGAUGUAUGUCAAAAGGAUUUUUCACAAGCCAGCGCUUUAAAGACGCAUAAACGAUUACACACUGGUGAAAAACCAUAUUAUUGCAAGUUAUGUAACAAAGCUUUCACGCAAUCGGGGCAUUUAAAGACACAUGAAAGAAUUCAUACAGGAUUCAAACCGCACUCCUGCCCAAUUUGUAAGAAACAGUUUGCCGAAAACAGCAAAUUAGAGUUGCAUAAACUAAUACACACAGGAGGAAAACCGCGUUCUUGCGAAAUUUGCGGGAAAAAAUUCAGGCAACUAGCUCAUUUAAAUAGACAUCAACUCUCACACACGGGCGAGAGACCAUAUUUCUGUGAAAUAUGCGAAAAGAGAUUUGGCGACUGCAGUCAAUUGAGACAACAUAAGCGAAUACACAAGGGAAUAAAACCUUACAAAUGUGAAAUAUGUAAAAAGCAGUUCAGUGGACCAGAUAAUUUAAAGAAACAUAUAAGAAUUCACACGGGCGAAAAGCCUUAUUCCUGUGAAAUAUGUAAAAAACGCUGUUUGGAAAAGGGCUCUUUAAAGAUACACAUGAGAAUCCACACUGGAGAGAAACCUUUCUUUUGUGAAAUAUGUCCAGAGCAGUUUACCUACUCUAGUAGUUUACAGGCACAUAUGCGAUAUCAUACACGGGAAAUGUUUUGUUGUGGAACUUGUUCGAAGCAAUUUUCGAGAUCGACCGAUUUGAAAAGACAUGAAAAAAUACACACAGGAGAGAAACGAUACUCAUGUGAUGUAUGUACACGAAGAUUUAACAAGAAACAUUCUUUAGCGAGACAUAUCCGCACCCACGAGCAUUCCUUUGGGAAGAAGAAACGAUCAUAAAGUACAAUCAAUUAUUCUUUUCAUAACACAACAACACCAUAAGAAAAAAAAUUAGGAAUGUUGAACAUUUGUCAAUAAGGUUGAUUUCAAAUUGAAGCUAUAUGGAAAUAGCGCCUUAUUGACAACCGACAAUAAGUAAGUACCCUUUUGAUUGUGAAUGGCACAUUUAAUCGUGUAAAUUACAAUAGUAAACACAUAGAAAUCAAAAAUUCAUAAUUGAUGAUAAAAGUGAAUAUUUGCAAUAGAUGCCCAUUACCAAUAUUAUUAUAAAUAAGAAUAAAGUUUUAUUUUUCGCCUUUAUUAUUUUCACUAAGCUGAUGGAUGUGACAUAAUAAUAUUAUUUAAGGAGAUUUAAUUGAUAUUUUGUCAUGUAUGUAUAAAAUAGAGCCUAUAAUUAUUUCAUUUUGUUUUUUAGCACAAUAAAAUAAAUCAUUUUGUUUUAGUUAAAAUCUAUUAAUGAAUGUAUAAUUUUGAAU